AUUUUAUCUCAACACAUUAUGGGAAACUAUUGUUGCUUUGGUCGAUUGCGUGAAUACCAGGAAAAGCUCGAAUCUAUUGAGGCGCAAGUGCUUGACACUGUAGCAUCAUACGCUCCUAUUUCGAACGCUUUAGGGCUAGAUGAGCCCGAAAACGAUAUUUACCGUUUCGACUUGGCACAUGAUAAAGGCGAUAUUGCGGAGAUAGUUUCACUAUGCGAGUCAUCUCAAGCUAUUGACCCAUUCACAUGUCAAAUACAUCAAUGGGCUGAGAAUCCAACCACUGUUGGAGCAUUGGCUGCUACUCAAUUGGCAAUAUAUGCAAGUGAUGAAAAGAAUCCGGAGUACAAGGAUGCCAUUAGGAAAGCAUCUGGUAUACCCAUGUUAGUGAAGCUAUUGAAAAGCGAUGAGGUCGAUCGUUAUCAUGCCGCGAUUGUUGCUCUCGCAUUUUUGUCCGUUGGAAACCAUGAGAACUGUAUUGAGAUGUACAAUGCAGGUGCCAUGCCGGAUCUGAUACGUGGGAUGCGGUCUAGCAUAACUGGCAUGAGUGGAGCUUGUGCGCACACUUGCCGUAACAUAUAUCAACUUGAUAUGGAUUAUCGCAGAUUCUUUGUCAAAUGCGGAGGUCUUAAGGAUUUAAUAAAUCUGUUGUCUUCAUCUGACGAUGACGACUCUGAGACACGCGCAACUCAGCUUGAGGCUAUUUAUCAUUUGGAAGACUUCAUCAUGGAUGGUGUUGAGGAGAUUCCUGAAUUCGUCUCGCUUGUCAAAGCAUCCGGUGCUUUAAGUAAACUAAAAUUGCUUGAGAAGAGCAAUGACGAAGAUUUACGCAAGGCUGCCAAAGGCAUGAGCGUCCGUUUAGCGGACUAAUGUAGCUAAAAGUGUUUUCCAGCUUAUAUGGGAAGGGGACUGUGUUGCAUUAGCUUCUUUGCAAAUGCCACAAGAGCAUCUUUGCCUC